GGCUGAGUCGUUGGGAAUCUUGCGACGAUCAAAGCGCGCCCACGGAUGAGGCAUUUACGACCGCAACAGCCAGACAUGCGACCUGGACGAGGACAAAGCUGCGGCCUUUUCUUGAGCGAGCAGAACUACAAGACAGCAAGGGCCGGUCCUUCUUGACUAUGUUUGCGGACGCGAGAGACGAGGACUUCCAGUAAGAAGCCUUUCACAAACACCGGGCACCCUCCCUCGGCCUUCCCUUUCUAUUCUACUUCUGGUCCGGGCACUUUCGAAAUAUGGGCUCCAAUCAUGAUCCACUCAAGUCGGCCGUGUUGCUCAAGUACAACAAGCAAACGACGUUUCAGUAUGGUGUCUUUUUGGCUGCUGUGAUGUUCUUCUUCAUUGGCACGCACUGGAUCGACAUUCUUGUUCGGCCGCGACAAUCAAAGCUCUCUGGCCCUAUUCGUCUGAUUCGUCGGAUCACGCUUCGGCAGCUUCGGGUGUUUGGUUUUACUUUGCCUUCCAACGGUCACUUGGCUGUGUCUCUCCUCUUUAUUGCUGCACAGUUCUUCUUUUGUUUAUGGAACUGCUCCCUUGCAACGCCAUACAAGGAGUUAUACAAACGUGUUGGCUGGAUCUCCAUGGCCAACAUGCCACUGUUGUUUCUGCUCUCCAUUAAGAGCAACCCACUUGGCAAGCUUGUUGGCCUGAGCCAUGACAAGCUCAACAUCCAUCACCGCGUUGUCGGGCUCGUCACCAUCAUCGAAGCCUGGGUUCACACGUGGAUCUCUAUCAAGUCCAUGUACGCUCAAAAUUAUGUCUACUACCUCGGCAACAAUGACCAGAGCAUGGGUUGGAUUAGUAUGGCGUUUUGGACAAUCAUUCUGGUAAGCAGCCUGAAGCAAUUCCGGGAACGACACUAUGAAUGGUUCUACAUGCUGCACGUUACUAGCAUGAUCCUGUCUAUUGCCUUCUUGUACUUGCACAACUACCGUUGCGAGGGCUUUUCGAUCGCAGUCAUUGUCCUCUGGGUAGCUGAUCGUCUCAUUCGAUUCGUUCGCACAGUCUGGUACAAUCGCUCGUUCAGGCAGCACAAGGCCAGAGUGCAUUGCUCUGCGGACGGCAGCAUCAAGCUUUCCCUCUUGCGUCCAGGUUUCAAGUGGGAACCAGGAUCGCACGUCUUCUUGUCGCUACCUGAAGUCAGGCAAUUGCAAUCCCAUCCGUUCACCAUCAGCAAUCUUUAUGUGGAUAGCGAUACGCCGAUGAUCUUUGCUUUCGACGCAUACAACUCCUUCACGCGGGAUGUUGCCGGUGCUUCGCUAUAUGGAAAGCGCGACUUGAUUGCCACCGUUGAGGGACCGUAUGGCCACAUUGACAAGCUGUCUGUCUUUGACCGCGUCUUAUUUUGUACCGGUGGCUCUGGCAUUUCCUACACGCUGCCGCUUGCUAUGAGUCUGGUUCAGAGCGAACUUGGCAGUGAAAGUCUGGAUCGGUCAAAAGUGAGCUUCCUGUGGUCUUCUGCGAAACCUGCUCGAUUCCAGCAAUUCGAUGCUGAGCUUGCUAUUUUGGAGCAAGCCUGCAAGGUUGAGCUCUACAACACGGGCUGCAAGUGCUCAACGCCGGCUGGUAGUGCUCCUAUGAACAAGGCCUGCUGCUGUGUCCAGCGUAAAAUCUCCUCAACAAAAGGCGAGAUCUUUGAAGUGACGCAGGAUGAAAAGAUGCCGGUGAUGUCGGAAUCGUCUUCUAGCAGCUCUAUCGAUGAGCGUCGACCGUGGCUGGCAGACAAAGUCAUCCGGUGUCGCCCGGAUCUGCAUGCGAUUGUGGGAUCCUUUGUAGCGGAUGCCUCGCCUGGUGACAGAUUGGCUGUGGUGGGGUGCGGGCCUGAAGAUAUGGCAGCUGCGUUGCGGGCUGCAGUGAGUGUGCACAUUUCUGUGGGCGGGCCUGCCCUGGACUAUUAUGAGGAGCGAUUUGCAUGAGGCUGUACCCGUUCUCUGGUGUUCCUGUACGCUUAUAUUGGCAUCUAUAUCUACUGCAUGAUCAGUGAU